AUGGGAGACAAUACGCUCUUAGCCAACGGCAACGGCAAUACUCCUUUGCCAAGGACAAGUACCGAGACUCUACAGGCUGCCACCGCUCCGGAAACUAGUACAAUUUCCCUUACGACUCCAGAUACGACAAUUGCACGCGAUUUGGGCUUCCUUCCAAUACCUAGACGACUGCGAUACGACCCCGAGCAUCCUGCACACUUUGGACUAGUAAUAAAUGCAACGUUUGGCUUUGCAAGUACUUUUGUUGUCGCAAAUUUGUAUUACUGUCAACCUCUCCUCAUCGAAUUUUCAAAGUCCUUCGGAGUCACCUACGAUGAAGUUUCCAGAAUCCCCACAUUGAUCCAAGCAGGUUACGCGGUUGGAAUCCUUCUCAUCUCCACCCUGGGCGAUCUCGUACGGAGGCGUCCACUCAUUCUCCUCCUUGUGUUCAUCUCCGGGGCCCUCACCAUUGGCUUGGCAAUCACAAAGAGCCUGGUAGUCUUUGAAGCGCUGAGCUUCCUAGUGGGUAUGACCUCUGUCGUCCCGCAAAUCCUCAUGCCUCUUGCAGCCGACCUCGCCCCGCCCGAGCGACGCGCCUCUGCGCUUUCGAUCGUGUUGGCCGGCCUGCUAUUCGGUGUACUCAUUGCCCGGGUUCUGGCGGGCAUCAUCGCAGAGUUCGUAACGUGGCGUGCUGUAUAUUAUUUUGCCAUCGGGGUGCAAUAUCUCGUGCUGCUCAUGAUGUACUUGGUGCUCCCCGACUACCCUGCGAAGAACAAAGGCGCGACGUACUUUGGAAUUCUGUUCAGCAUGGCCAAAUUUGCCGUUACGGAGCCGGUGCUCAUCCAGGCCUAUCUCAUCAAUUUGCCUUCGAGCGCAUGCUUUACAAAUUUCUGGGUGACGUUGACAUUCCUGCUGGGGGAUGCGCCCUAUCACUAUUCGACGCUUGUCAUCGGCCUUUUUGGUCUUGUGGGCAUAUUCGGGGUCGCCAUGGCUCCCUUCGUGGGACGUCUCAUCGACGGACUCAUCCCAUGGUUUGCUACCGUCACGGCCAUAAUGGCGCUACUUGUGUUCCAAGCUAUUGCAGUCGGCGCGGACGGUGUAAACAUCGCUGCAGUCGUGAUCGUCUGCUUCGGGCUCGACGUCUUCCGGCAGAUGGCACAGGUGUCGCUGACGACGAGAGUGUUCAGUCUCGACCCCAACGCGCGCGCGCGACUGAACGCGGUGCUCUUGCUCUCGCUUUUCAUGGGCCAGGUUAUGGGAACUUCCGUGGGAUCGCAAGUCUUCACCAAAUAUGGCUGGCGUCCCGCAGCGGCGCUAUCGGUCGCAUGGACUGGUUUCAUGCUCUUCAUGAUAUUACUUCGGGGUCCGCACGUACCGAGAUACACUUGGCUCGGCUACAAGGGCGGGAUUGAGGUCCGCAAGAGCAGAUUAGCACGCAGUGGAGUAGAUAGCGCUGUGGCUGCGGUCACUGCCGAGCCCGAUGCGGCUCCUACCAGCGACGAGAAGAAGCGAGAAGCCUCUGAUCCUCCAAAUUGCGGUGAUGUGGAGAAAGCGCAGAUACGAGAGAAGGACAAAAUCGAGGUUGCAGAGAAUAGUGAGUAA